UGGAGCCUCCUUUGGAUCAGAAGGCUUCCAAAGUCACAGUUGUCUUUUUCAUUAUUGUUACUUGAUUCUUUCCCUCCCAGCAGGUCUGAAGGUGCGUUAGCGUUGUGGAUGGCGAUGCUGGCUGUUUGUUUGCUCCAGAGCAAUGCCCGGAGGCCAUCGAGCUGCUGCUAGUGAGGCCGCUUGGCUGGGGCUGCAGAACCCAUUGGAACCACCUCAGUGGCUUUGAGCUGGCACUGAGCUUUCCUUCUCCAGCGUGGAGCAGCGACGGUUCCUCUCUUGGUGCUGCUUUGAGAGCUCCCAGCGCUGUCCGGGAUGUGGGGCAGCUCUGGGCUCCUGUUAGUUGCAGAGAAGAGGGAGUGUGUUCUUUAGCUGCCGAGGGCUGGCUGACGCUGGGGCUCCUGCAGUGGCUUUUCUUUAGGCCUCGUGGUCUGAGCAGCAGCAAUGUCCCCAUGAAAGGGAGGGCGUGAAUAAUUGGUGGAGUGGGGGAGCUGCUUGGAAAAUAAAGGAUGGGAGGGAUGGAAAUGGCCUGCUGGAAAUGCUGAGGCUUUCAGGAGGAGUCAGUUGAACAGCAGGAAUAUCACGACCUCUAUUUAUUGUAACAAAGCUUGGGAAAACCAGCAGGUCUGUGUGAGAUGAGCAGGGGCUCACUGCACAGGCCGGGCCCAGGGCAACUCCCUGUUUACCCUUGCACCAGGAUGAGUUGUUGGGCAGGUGAAGUUAUCCCCAUUUUACAGCAAGUCUGGGUGGAGGAGAGAUAGGAUUUACUCGUAGAUGUUUUCAUUGAAGAUGCAUGUUGUGGCUUAGCAGGGAAAAGCUGAUCUGUGUUCCUGUUCGAAGCUGUGUUCCUGUGGUUCCUUGAUGGGAGCUCUUGGAAGCACGCGUUGCUCAGGCUGGCUGGGCCUUUGGCUCCCAGCAGUAGCACCAAGGUCUGCCUGGGUGGCUUCAAGCAGAGAAUGGUUGGGGAAGGGUGAGCAGAAGCGCCUUGUUUGCCUGGUAAAGCCUUUGAAGCUGAUGUUUCAGCCUUCGUAUGCGUUCGUUAUGUCUUGCUUGCUUUAUGGGAGACGAGCAGGCCUUCUGUUCCUUUUUUUAACCACUCAUUGUGCUUUAAACCUUUUGAUUUUCGUGGCUGUGGGCUUCAUCUACUUCCUACAGCACUUGGUUUGACCUGGGCUCGUGAUACUGGGGCUCCCCUGGUGCCCUGCAGCUCCAUGGCGGGUACCGUGCUUGUCUUUUAGUUUGGGAGCAGAGAGCUGUAGCAAAAGACUCUUCUCAUCUGUGUGCUUGGUUGUGGGUUUUAUAAGACUUUUCUCCUUCGUUUUGGUAGUUGUUUGUUUUUUCAUUUUAAUUUAAAUGUAGCUGCCCCCCGCAAUCCGCAGCGGUGGUGUGAAGGCUGCAGACCCGAUCGAGCAAUGUGAUGCCAGGCACGUGAAAGGCAGGGGGAAGAGCAGGUGUUCCCUUUCUGCAGGAAAGUAAAAGAGGAAGAAAAGAAAAAUUACUUUCCAUAAAAUUAAGAGAUGAGCUCACUGGCCCUAGUGAACGUGGAAGCAAACAGUGCUGAGUAAGGGAGAGACAAGGAAAGACGCCUGCAUGAAGACUGAACUGCUGAAAGAUAUCACCAACAACAAGGAGGAAGGGUUCAAUGCCAUGGCUGCGGAUGAAAGUGCUACAGAAAAGCAAGCGGGGGAACCAAAAAUGGCUGUAGAUGGUGAAACCAACGGUUCCUGUGAGCACGGCGAGGCUGGGAGCCACCCAAACCCAGCGAAAAACACUCAGGACAACACGAAAGUGAGCCAGCAGGACUCUAGUACUAAAUUAAAUAGGAUAGCAGAAAAUGGCAUUUCUGAACGAGACGGUGAGACUGGGAAGCAAAACCAUAUGAAAGCUAAUGACUUCACACAGACUUCUCUAACAGGGAGCAAUGGAUAUAUUCUAACCAAGCAGAUGGCACAGGAGCAACCUCUAAGGACUACCAGCACCUUUGCUUCUCUCACUGGCCAUGCUGCAAAAACCCUUCCAGGAGGAGCAAGCAAAGGGAGAACUGUGGGCACCUUUUCUCAGAUGCAAGCCACGAUGCCAGCCAAGCUCGGGGAGGGCAGUAAGGACAUGGAUGCUAAAAAAGCCACUGCUGCUAAUGCUGAAGUCAAGGUCCACAGAGCACGGAAGACAAUGCCUAAACCCACCCCUAGCCUGGAAUUGCUUCCUGAAUUGGGAUCGAAGCUGAAUCUUAAACAGCAUGCAAGUAAAGACCCCAAAGAUGGGAGAGAAAGCAGAGAUCAAAAAGAAUCUAAAGAGGAAGGCAACAAAAACAUCCUGGAAUUUGGGAAGCCGUUGCCGUUGCCCUCUCUCCCGGGCCUUCACCAGUCACUACCUCAGAACCAGAGCUAUGUGGCCACCUCCAAGUCGCAGACGGCUGCUGCAGUAUCUCGAAAGAAAAAACGGAGAAUGGGAACCUAUAGCCUGGUUCCCAAGAAAAAGACCAAAGUGUUAAAACAGAGAACAAUGAUUGAGAUGUUUAAGAGCAUAACUCAUUCCUCUGCGGGUGCCAAGAGUGAAAAGGAGCUAGGUGAUGUCAGCCCUCACGUGAAUGGGGAGAGCAUAGAUGUAGACUCUGAAGAGGAAGACUCUGAUGAGUUGGAAGAUGAGGACGAUCACGGAGCAGAACAGGCAGCUGCAUUUCCUGCAGACGAUAACAGGACCUCUAAAGACAGCGCGUCUGACGCAGACAAUGUCAGAAAGAUUGAUGAUGGCGACUCUGAGGAGGAUCAAGAGUCUGCAGAGUCUGGAGAGGAUGAGGAGGAUGGAGAUGAAUCUGACUUGCAUCUCAAGUUGAGGAGCCAGCAUUUAAAGCACCCCAAUUCUUCAGUCACCUUGAGAAAAUUCUUGACUUCAUUGUCUCGAUGUUUUGAGCUGAAGAGCUCGGAGUCCAGCAUUAAGAAGAAGCUGCUGAAGAGGAAAGGAAAGACAGACAGCCCAUGGCUGAAACCCACCCGCAAGAGGAGACGGAGGAAUAAAAAGAAACAAGCCAAUGUGCUAGGUGCUGAAGCCUAUAAAUCAUCGUUGGGAGGCAGAGAGGGCUCUGCCCAGGAUAACAGCAUGGAGUACAUGGAGGUGUCUCUGGAUUCCUUGGAUCUGCGGGUGAAGGGAAUCCUCUCCUCGCAGGCGGAAGGUCUUUCCAAUGGUCCUGAAGCAAUGGAAGUAGACGGUCUCCAGGAAGUUCCCCUCUGUAGCUGUCGAAUGGAAACCCCCAAAAGCAGAGAGAUCACCACGCUAGCCAACAACCAGUGCAUGGCCACCGAGAGUGUGGAUAAUGAGCUGGGCCGAUGCACAAACAGUGUGGUUAAGUAUGAACUGAUGCGCCCGUCUAACAAAGUCCAGCUUUUGGUGCUGUGUGAGGACCAUAGAGGGAGGAUGGUGAAACACCAGUGUUGCCCUGGCUGUGGAUACUUUUGCACUGCAGGCACUUUCAUGGAGUGUCAGCCUGAGAGCAGCAUCUCCCACCGUUUCCACAAGAACUGUGCCUCCCAGGUCAACGACAUGAACUACUGCCCACACUGCGGGGAAGAUGCCUCCAAGGCAAAGGAGGUGACAAUAGCAAAAGCAGACACGACUUCCACGGUGUCGCUGACCUACGAGCAGCAGAAACCAGCAGCAGUGGAAGGAAGGGCUGACACCACGACAGGAAGUGUCACUGGAACGCGGUUGUCUGAGGAAGACAAGCCAGAAAGUUCGGCUGCAGAGGGAUUUGACUUAGCUGGAUCUUCAGUUUUUCCAAAGCCUACUACCAGCCUGACCCAGGGACCAGUUAAAGAAACUCUGGAAAGUGCCCUGAUUGCUCUGGACUCUGAAAAACCCAAGAAGUUACGGUUCCAUCCAAAGCAGUUGUACUUCUCUGCGAGGCAAGGAGAGCUGCAAAAAGUCCUGCUUAUGUUGGUGGAUGGAAUUGACCCUAAUUUUAAAAUGGAGCAUCAGAGUAAGAGAACCCCUCUCCAUGCUGCUGCUGAGUCUGGCCAUGUGGACAUCUGCCAUAUGCUGAUUCAGGCUGGUGCGAAUAUAGACAGCUGCUCUGAAGACCAGCGGACCCCACUGAUGGAAGCAGCUGAAAACAACCACCUGGAAACUGUGAAAUACCUUAUCAAGGCUGGAGCACUAGUAGAUCCUAAGGAUGCGGAGGGCUCCACGUGUCUGCACUUGGCUGCCAAGAAGGGGCACUACGACGUUGUUCAGUAUCUCCUGUCCAUAGGAAAGAUGGAUGUCAACUGCCAGGAUGACGGAGGCUGGACGCCGAUGAUCUGGGCCACUGAGUACAAGCAUAUUGAGCUGGUGAAGCUACUGCUUGCAAAGGGGUCAGACAUCAACAUUCGAGACAAUGAGGAAAAUAUUUGUUUGCACUGGGCUGCUUUUUCUGGCUGUGUUGACAUUGCAGAGAUUCUGCUGGCUGCUAAGUGUGAUUUACAUGCGGUGAAUAUUCAUGGAGAUUCCCCCCUGCACAUUGCAGCCAGAGAGAACCGCUACGAGUGUGUUGUUCUGUUUCUUUCCCGUGGCUCGGAUGUCACUUUAAAGAACAAGGAGGGUGAGACUCCGCUCCAGUGCUCCAGCCUUAACUCUCAGGUCUGGGUGGCUCUACAGAUGAACAAAACACUCAGAGAAUCAUCGACUGAGAAGCCUGUCCAGAUUGAGAAGGUAGUGAGCAGAGACAUUGCCCGGGGCUAUGAGAGGAUCCCGAUUCCCUGUGUCAAUUCAGUGGACAGUGAGCCUUGUCCUAGCAACUACAAGUAUGUCUCACAGAACUGUGUCACCUCCCCAAUGGACAUUGAUAGAAACAUCACCCAUUUACAGUAUUGCGUGUGUAUAGACGACUGCUCCUCCAGUAACUGCAUGUGUGGCCAACUCAGUAUGCGCUGCUGGUAUGAUAAGGACGGCCGACUCCUGCCUGAGUUCAACAUGGCUGAGCCCCCGCUCAUCUUUGAGUGCAAUCAUGCCUGCUCGUGCUGGCGGACCUGUAGGAACCGGGUGGUGCAGAAUGGGCUCAGGACUCGAUUGCAGCUCUAUCGGACGCAAAAGAUGGGCUGGGGUGUGCGAACGAUGCAAGACAUUCCACUGGGAACCUUUGUGUGCGAGUAUGUUGGUGAGCUGAUAUCUGACUCCGAGGCAGACGUCCGUGAAGAGGACUCCUACCUCUUCGACCUUGACAACAAGGAUGGAGAGGUGUACUGCAUAGAUGCCCGUUUCUAUGGCAACAUCAGCCGCUUUAUAAACCACCUCUGUGAGCCAAACCUCAUCCCCGUGCGAGUCUUCAUGUCUCACCAGGACCUCCGCUUUCCCAGGAUCGCCUUCUUCAGCACGAGGCACAUAGAGGCUGGAGAAGAAAUUGGCUUUGACUACGGCGACAGGUUCUGGGACAUCAAAGGCAAGUUCUUCAGCUGUCAGUGCGGUUCACCCAAGUGCAAACACUCGAGCUCAGCGCUGGCCCAGAGGCAGGCGAGCACCUCGUCCCAGGACACGCAGGAAAACGGGCUCCCCGACACCAGCUCUGCCACAGCAGCCGGCCCCUUUUGAGGCUCCGCUCCUCAGAGACUGACUCGUUUUAACCCUAUAGAUUCACAUACUGUCUGAAUUUUCCAUUUAAAGAGAGAAAACCCGCUCGAGGAAAGCCAGGGCUUCGUGACACUUAGGGCUGUGCCACCGACUGUUACUUGAGGAAUAAGUGAAAGCAAAUCUCACCUCUGUGGUGUUGUUCUCCCCUCCUGGUCCUGGAAAGCUGCUGGUUCUUACCGUGCCGAGGGGUGGCUGUUGCAUUUUUUUCCACGCGAGCUGUCCUGGCCUCCAUCUCUUAAUGUUCUUAAGUGUUGUCAGAGCCCAGGGAGAGCCGCCCGUCCUCUGAACGUUGUUAAUUGAAUGGAUCGCUCAUGCCAAGUCAUCUCCAGUUCACUUGUAAUAAACUUUGAGUACUUGAUGGGACUUUGUUUCUAGAGGCCGGGGGGAGCAGGGCGGGAGGGAGGCGCUGGCCAGGCUCUGCUGGUUGGUUUCAUUGCUCAGUUUGGUUGAAUUCCUCCCUCAUCUCGCAGGACGUCGCGGUGGGGCCUCUCAUAGAAUCGUUUGAGUUGGAAGGGACCCUUAAAGGUCAUCUGGUCCAACUCCCGCUUGCCCUCCGCGUUUCUAACCAAUGCCUCCUCGUCACCCGUUGGCUUUUUACUCUUCCAAUGACAAGAAAUCCACCACGCUUGACCCCUUUGGUCCCUGAGCCAACCAGAGACGCUUCCCCAAACCCCUCUGCGAAGCCCUCCGGCUCCAACCAGCUCCCGGCCACGCGGCGGAUCCAGCAUUUGCUUCACCAAUGGAAGGAUCUCCCUCUCCUGCGGUGGCUGUAGAGAGGGAGCGUCAAAGGGGAUUUGUGCGAGACACUAACUGCUAAAGGAAAUCACUUUUUCUAAUGCUAAAACGGAUGAGAGAUGCGUUGCAGAGACCCCCUGGGCGAGCAGCAGAGGGGCCGCGUUGCAGAGAAGGACCCCGAUGCCACCAGCUCGUCUGCUCCCAUCAGAGUGCUCAACGCCGGGCACCUUCGGUUCGUUUUUAAGCCACACGUUAUGAGGUUUCAAUAAACUGAUUUAUUUUUUACCAUUACCGAAACAUUGGGGAGUAGCGUUAAAAAAAAAAAAAAAAGAAAAAAAA